GGCUGCCGGAGUGGUGGGCUGCCAGGCGGGCUGCGCAUGGGCGGAGCCUAUCCUCUUGCUACCCAGCGGUGCCUUGCGCUCGGCCCCGUGUAGGCCGCGCGGCAGGCGGUAUGGCGGUAGCGGUGCGCGCGCUUCAGGAGCAGCUGGAGAAGGCCAAGGAGAGCCUCAGGCACGUCGAUGAGAACAUCCGCAAGCUCACGGGCAGGGACCCCAAUGAUGUGAGGCCCCCUCAAAACAGACUGUUAGCCAUCACAGGCCCUGGUGGAGGUAGGGGGCGUGGGAGCUUAUUGCUAAGGCGUGGAUUCUCGGAUAGUGGAGGAGGACCCCCAGCCAAACAGAGGGAUCUUGAAGGGGCAACCAGUAGGCUGGGUGGAGAACGUCGGACAAGAAGAGAAUCACGCCAAGAAAGCGACGCAGAGGAUGACGAUAUUAAAAAGCCAGCGUUGCCAUCUUCUGUUGUUGCUACCUCCAAAGAGCGAACACGUCGAGACCUUAUACAAGAUCAAAAUAUGGAUGAGAAGGGAAAACAAAGGAAUCGACGUAUAUUUGGCUUGUUGAUGGGCACUCUUCAAAAAUUUAAACAGGAGUCCACAGUUGCUACUGAAAGGCAAAAGAGACGCCAAGAAAUUGAACAAAAACUUGAAGUGCAGGCAGAGGAAGAAAGAAAGCAAGUUGAAAAUGAAAGGCGAGAACUGUUUGAAGAAAGACGUGCUAAACAGACAGAGCUGCGGUUACUGGAGCAAAAAGUUGAGCUUGCCCAGUUGCAAGAAGAAUGGAAUGAACAUAAUGCCAAAAUAAUUAAGUACAUAAGAACAAAGACAAAACCCCACUUAUUCUACAUACCUGGCAGAAUGUGUCCUGCUACACAGAAGCUGAUGGAAGAGUCACAGAAAAAGAUGAAUGCACUCUUUGAAAGCAGGCGAAAUGAAUUUGCGGAGCAGAUUAACAAAAUGGAAGCCAGGCCCAGAAGACAGUCUGUGAAGGAAAAAGAACAGCACGAGGUGCAGAAUGAAGAAAAGAAGCAAGAACAGAACAAGGAGCAGGAGGAGGGUAAGAUGCCUCAGCAGGUGGAAGAGUUGGAGACAGGUAAUCAGCACAAUGAUGUAGAAAUGGAAGAGGUAGGGGAGGAGAAGGGAAAAACAGGUUCAGGGCAUAGCGAUGCAGAGAAAGAACAGGAAGAGGAUGAACAGAAACAUGAAAUGGAGAUUAAGGUAGAAGAGGCUACUGAGAUGAGGGAGAAUGACAAACAACAGGAUGGUCAGCACGAAGAGGUCACAGUUGUAAAAGAGGAAAGUGAAAACAUUCAGCCAGUGGAUAAUGAGCAGGAUGUGGCUGAAAUGAAUGAUGCAGGUGGUAUAGAACCUGUAGAAAAUGAAAAUGGCAAGGAAGUGGAACCAGAAACAGAGUGUGAUGCUCAGCCAGAAAAAGGGUGUAACGUGCCUUCUCCCAAGAUGGAGAAAGGUACCAAACCAGAAACUGAACCUGAAGAAAAACAAGAGAAGGCACCUGAAGGUCAGCCAGAACCUGUGGCUGAGCCUCUGUCUCAGCCACAGUCUGUGCCACUGUCACAGUCACCUCAGUUGUCUCAGUCCACUCAGGAUACAGAGCCCCAGGCAGACAAGGAUGAAAAUGCUGUGGUGUCUGUAAAGGUAGUUGAGGCACAGACAGAGCAGAAUCAGACACCCAGUGCAGAAAUUAAGAGUAAGACUAGGAGUAGAAGCAGGGGUAGGGCAGGGAACAAAACUGGUAAGACUCAUAGCCAUAGUAGCAGCAGCAGUAGCAGUAGUAGUACUUCAAGCAGUACUAGUAGUGGAAGUAGUACCAGCACUGGCAGCACUAGCAGCCGGAGUAGUUCCACCAGCAGCAGCACUACAAGUGGAAGUACUAGCAGGGACAGUAGCAGCAGUAGCUCUACCAGUAGUGGAAGUAGAAGUCGUAGCCGAGGAAGAGGGCAUAACAGAGAUAGAAAACGCAGAAGGAGCACAGACAGGAAGCGGAGGGAUGCUUCAGGAGUAGAUAGAAGUCACAAGUCCUCAAAAGGUGGGAGCAGAGAUACCAAAAGCUCAAAGGAUAAAAGUUCAAGAUCUGACAGAAAGAGAUCCAUAUCAGAAAGUAGUCGGUCAGGGAAGAGAACUUCACGCAGUGAAAGAGAUCGUAAAUCAGACAGGAAAGACAAAAGGCGUUAACAGAAGAGACCAAGCUUCCUUAGUGUAAUCUUUGCAGCGGAAGAUUAUGUGAGUGAAAGGAUUCCUUGUAAGGAGGAGGAGAAGGCUGCCUUAAGAAUUGCAUGCUGUAAAAAAUCUUUUGGAAAACAAAUGCAGACUGUUUAUCAGGCAUUCUUGUACUUUUUACAUAAUUUUGUAAAAGGUUACUUACCAAAACAUUGUGAAGUUCCUGAAAAUGUAAAAAUAAAGGAUUAACACUCCUUUGCAUCUUUUUUUAAAUAUCCUGUACUCAUUAAGAUUCUCUGUAUAUUUUAAUAGGCAAAUCUUUAAGUAGGUGCGAUUGCUUCUGUAUCAUACACUUCUUUUUUUUUUUUGUAGAAAUAAAUGUGCAUUUUAAAUAAA